AUGGCCUCCUUGCAGCUUCCGCUCGAGAAGUUCCCGGAGGAAGGCGACCCACCAAGUGAAGCUCAGGACACCGGACGCUCUCCGAGCACUUCUGUCGGAAGCUCACAGCAAAGCUUCCCAGGGCCAGGAGCCGCCGGAGCCGAAGCGACCCGAGCCCAAGUCCCUCUGGGGGCCGAAGCUCCCUGCCUGUUUGAGGCAGAGGCCGCUUGGGUCAGCCAGCUUUGUGACGACAGGCCUUUCCCGGCCAAGUCCACUCUAGAUCCAGUGGAACCCAUUUGCCCGGAGCUGACGCUCUCUCUCGAUUUUCCCCCAGUUGCGCAAACCUUCGAUGACUUCUUGUCGCCGCGACAGUCGGAUGCCCCGGGAAGCGCAGCGCGACCGUUGCAAAGCGCACUUACUCUCGGCGCCGCUGCCCCACCCAGCCAGCCGAACCUCAGCUUCCCACUCCCGGGCAUGUGGACGCAUACAGAAACCCCCAUGCCAGAGCCAGUGAUGCCAGCACCGGAGGCGUGUCAGGAUCAGGCGCUUCCAAUACCAGAGUUCGUGCCCCCUGAGCCCAUGCUGCACAUGCAGGGGAGCGCACCAUACGCGUGCGCUCCAUACAUGGCAGUCCCGCACCAGCCCUCGCACAUGUGGACACCAGCCACCGAGAGCAGCAGAGACCUCCCGUCCCUAGGCUCGGCUUCCCAUGGCACCGGCCUAUGCAAGCCUUGUGCCUUCCAUCACACCAAGGGUUGUCAAUGCGGAGUGAAUUGCACAUUUUGCCACCUUUGCCUUCCGGGAGAGAAGAAGCGUCGACAGAAGGAGAAGCAGGCAGUUGCCCGAGUGCCUUGGCUCAAUUUGCUUGCCCUUACAAGUUUGGAACACAUCCUCGGCUGGCUAAAACCGCAUACGGGCGAUGAGAGUGAGAUGAAUGAUCGCUUCUUCAGGCUCAUGGGCGGCUUUCGCCCAUAUCCACUGGCACGACUUCGGCAGUUUUCGAAGCGUGCGGUUGUUUGUGGUGGCUACAAUCAGUUGAAGCUAUCCAGUACCUACACGCCCGACCGCGGUGAACCCAUCGAGGGCAUCAGCCACCGACAGGGCAGGCAGCAGCUCUCCACCUGUUCCAACGGCAUUCUUCGCGCCGUGCCUUGGCACUGCGACGUAAAAGGCUGCAUCUUGGUCCUUGGGAAGUUGAAUCUGGGCUUGUUUAUCGGGGUCCGCGGGCUUGUUCGGGAGGCUAAAUGGGCUGCAGGAUCAAGAACUUGCAGAAAGUUUGGGGACAAAGAUGUAAAGACGUCAGAAUUCGGAAUUCUGCAAAUCCUCAACGUCACCCAGCGACCCCCAAGGUAUCCGCACACCGUGCCCGCCACGCGCCACAGCUACCCGGAUGAGAGUUCGCCCGGCUCUUCGGAGUCCUUGGUCAGUGUAGCAGGCGACGACAUGCUCGCCACUCGGCCUUUGAAUCCCAGUCGAAUCAGCCCACCCCCUGGCCUGGAGCACCUGGGCUCCCCAGUCCUCUCAGAAGCCGAAGCUCGCCCUUGUCUUGAACCUUUCUUCCUCAGCCCACCGGCUUAUCGGCCACAGGUUGCCGAGCUGCCGAGAACCCCACCACCCCCAACCACGCAGCCACGGCUGUGGCGGGCGGUUCCGCCGCCACCUUCAGCCCCAGCGCCGGAGAUCACGUCACAGGAGGCUUUUGCAACUCCUCCGCCGCGUGAGGAACCUUGCUUGCGCCUUGCACUCUCCAGCUACCUACAUGAGAAGACUGGAGUUCAAGCUGCGCACCAUGAAGACUGCAAGCCCUGCGCAUUCUUCCACACCAAAGGAGAACGAGAGGGCAGCCGAGAAGGCGACUUCCGUGUGCUGGACAGGCAGAGGGCAGACGACGAUGGAACUGUGGAUGCAUCUGGAACAUCAGACAACUAUGCUCAUCUCCCAGCACCCGACUCCUGUCCGUCAAACAUAUUGGCAGAUGAGCAGUAUUUGGCUGGUGGUCAUGUGACACCCUUCGUGGGAAAAGGAAGCCCGAAUUUCCAGAAAGGUCUCAAAGGCCUCAAAGAGUAUUUUGCUGAGUCCAUCCAGGGCGCAUUCCGGGAAACUGGUGCCAAGCCCGAAGCGAUCGACCGGAUUUAUGUUGGAAAUUUUGCAGGUGAGCUCUUCAACAGCCAGGGUCACCUGGGCGCCGCUGUAGCGGCUGCACACCCGGCGCUGCUGCACCGGCCCUCCAUGCGAGUAGAGGCUGCUUGUGCCUCUGGAGGCCUGGCCUGUGCCGAAGCUGUACGCGCGGUUUGCGCGGGGGAUGACAUCGUCCUGGCCGUGGGCGUAGAGGUGCAGACAGAGGCAGAUUCCCGGACUGGUGGUACCUAUCUGGCUCGGGCGGCCGACUUUAAGCGUCAAUCAGGUAUAGACGACUUCACUUUCCCUGCGCUUUUCGCCAGACGGGCCAAAGCUUAUUUGGAGAAGUAUCCUGAGGUGAAGAUGGCUGACCUAGCCACGGUGGGUGUGAAGGCCUACUCCAACGGAAACAAAAAUCCAUUGGCGCACAUGCACACAGUCCAGCUGCCUUUAGAGAAAGCGGUGGCCGGCCCUGAGUUCCUCAAAAAUGAAGAGCUCAAGCCCUUCGUGCGAGCGACGCACUGUUCGCAAGUCUCCGAUGGCGGUGCUGCAGCCAUCUUCGUGUCCGAGGAGGGCCUCCAGAAGUGUGGCCUCAGCAAGCAUCAGGCGGUGGAGAUUGUUGCGACUGACUAUGGUGCAGGAGAUUUGUGGUCCGACCCGGAGGACUUAGCCGUUAUGGACACCACGAGAGCUGUAGUGUCACGGAUGUUGGCCAGCGCUGGCGUGAAGCCUUCGGACUUGGAUGUGGCAGAAGUCCAUGAUUGCUUCGCCAUCGCUGAGAUUCUCAUGUACGAGGCGAUCGGGUUGGCUGCUCCUGGAAAAGGCCGCAAAGAGAGGAAAUGA